GUGUCACUCAAGGGGGCGCUACUUACGCUACUGAUCAGCGCUCUUACAGUAAAUAUUUGUGUUUGCUCAACCGGUUGUAAUGGUGGAUGACUGAGACAGAAAAGAGAGGACUAAACCCACGAAAACGAAGUCCAGACACAACACUACGAGCGGUGAGUAGGAAUAAAGCAUCGUCGCAAAAUGGAGGAACUCAAACACCAAGUAAUGAUAAACCAGUUCGUCUUGACAGCAGGUUGUGCGGCAGAUCAGGCGAAGCAGCUUUUGCAAGCGGCACAUUGGCAAUUUGAGACUGCCCUCAGUGCCUUUUUUCAAGAAACGAAUAUUCCAUACGGUCACCAUCAUCAGAUGAUGUGCACCCCAGCCAACACACCGGCCACCCCGCCCAACUUCCCUGAUGCCCUCACCAUGUUCUCCCGGCUGAAGGCCUCAGAGAGCUUCACCUCCAGCAGCCCCAUGGCCUCCAUGGCCACCUCUCCCCCUCCUCCACACGGUUGCUGGGGCGUGCCCCCACUCCCCAUGCCCAUGAGUGGCCCACAGGGUCAGGGACUCUGGACUCAGGGGCAGCCCCCUUCGCAGCCCCCCUCCAACCCCGCAGUCUGGCCCACGGGGGUCACCGUUAACCCCCACCAGCACCCAGCCACCGAACAGAAGGCGAGUGUGGCCAUGGAGGCCGAGAGAUGAGGGGCCAGGACUAGACGGCCCUGGGGUGGGGGAGGGGGGAGGGGGUAGAGGAGACGGAUGAGAAGAGGAAAGUGAAGGUGUGUCUCUUUCCAAUUGAGGAUGGUAGGGUGGAGAUAGAGACAGCUACACAAACCAAGAAAAACCAAGCAAGUACUAAACGUGGACAAUUCAAGAAGUGGAAACAAUGCAAAUAAGAAAUCAAACUUUUUUUUAAGACGCGCACACACUUAGUAAUACGAAAGAGAGCAACUGAAAUCUUUGUUUAGAAAUAAAUAUUCUCAGUAAAUGAAUAGAUAAGAGAAAUGUAUGGAACAAAACAUCUUCAAGUCCAAGGAUUAUACUUCUGAUGUUUUCUGAGACAAGGGAUCUGGCAGUACAGUGUUUAUACUCUACUAGGAACAUGUUAUAAAGAGUGUGUGCACUGCAUGGAGAGAGGGGAUCUGGCAGUACAGUGUUUAUACUCUACUAGGAACAUGUUAUAAAGAGUGAGUGCACUGCAUGGAGAGAGGGGAUCUGGCAGUACAGUGUUUAUACUCUACUAGGAACAUGUUAUAAAGAGUGUGUGCACUGCAUGGAGAGAGGGGAUCUGGCAGUACAGUGUUUAUACUCUACUAGGAACAUGUUAUAAAGAGUGUGUGUACUGCAUGGAGAGAGGGGAUCUGGCAGUACAGUGUUUAUACUCUACUCAUCACGAACGUGUUUGUGUGCAGUGUGUUACCAUCUCACACAAACACACACGCACAGCAGAGCAGAAGAAACAGCGACCUAGUUUUCAUUACCCAUCGUAAGGUGGGACUCUUCUUACCUCACCUAGUCGUCACCUGACUUCUUUCAGCCUAUCAGGGAUUCUCAACUGUUUGACAACACAGAACUUUUUUUUUAAAACCAAUUGUGAUUUUUCAGCUCUGGUAUUUGCUCAUGUUGACGAUGAUAUUGUUCACUGCUAUAGCUUUUCUUUCCAACGAGGGGUGAUGCUUUGCUAUUAGCCUGGUCUGGAAGAUAGAACUGUCCACUGCAAGGUUUCUGCAGAUUUGGGUAUUAUAUAAAAAUCAUGGUUUGAUAUAUUAUAGUUUAAUAUGUUUUUUUUCUUGGAGGGUGGGAUUUGGGAGUGGGCGGGGUUUCUCUAGGUUGUGUUUGGGAAGAGCUGAUCGGUGAGGGAAAAAAAAUAUUUACAGAAAAAACAGACUACUAUACUAUUUGUAAAGCAGAACUUGCCACUUUGCAUGAUGUGCUCAUAAUGUAUACUGUUUUUUUGUAGCAAACGUACAUGAAACCGAGAUGUGUUUCUGGCUGUGGGGGUAGGGGAUACUACAUUUGAACCUUUAUUUUACUAGGCACGUCAGUUAAGAACAAAUUCUUAUUCACAAUGACGGUCUACAUGGUGUUUUCCAUUCCCUCUGGCGUAUCAUUUGUAUUGCAGCAUUAUACAACUGGGCAUCCCGUGCACUGUGAUCCUGCCUUUAGCAGGCUAUGAAAGGCAUUGAUUCAAGGCAAUAUUCACAUGCAGGGUCGGCCCCAUUCAGUUCUGUUGUCAUCGGGUUAUUUAAAUUGAAUAAAGUAUAUAAAAUAAAACCUAGCUAGAAAUAUAUAUAUAUAUUUUUUUUAGGAAGAAAUAAAUUAACUAGGAAUAACUUCUUUGGACAAUAUAAUAAUGAUGAGUAAACCAUCUUUAAAUUGACUAAAAUAAUGUUUCAGUUCAUCCCUUAUCCACCAUUUUGUUUGAAUCCGGGCGUCUCGGGAUGGUUUCCCCCUGUAUGACUGUAUUGAUAUACCAUUUCCACAAUAUUUGUGGACUACCUGAUAAUUAACUUAUCAUUUUUUGUGUUCCUAAAUAAAUAUUGUAUGUUGACCUUCAA